UCCAAAGUAUCGGGAACCGGGUGAAACGAAGUGAAACCAGCGCUGUGGCAUUUCAUUUCAUCCCUGAUCCCGUGCGGGCGGGAUCCGUGCCGUCCUCGUCGUCUUCGCGCGCGCAAGCUGAAUCUCCCGCUCCCCGUCCCUUCCAUGCCACCGUAUCCAGCCCCGUUGCCGCCCAGAGAGUACUCCAUUCUCGCGCGUGAAGAAUACGGCGGCGCCGGUCGAAGGGGCCCGCCGUCGGCCGCUCCCCGUCGUUGCGACCCGCCGCCGGCCGAAGGGGACCCGCCACCGUCGUUGCGACCCGCCGUCGGCCGCUCCCCGUCGUUGCGACCCCAUCCUUGCGGCCGUCCGCCAUGGAUCCGCCGGGAAACCUCAGCGGCCUGGGAUCCUCACCGCCCGGGGAUCCUCAGAGGCCUCGCGGUGGAGGGAAGGCGCCGCCGGUAGGGGACGGUCCUCGGCGACCCGCGCCUCGCAGUGGAGGGAAGGCGCCGCCGCCCGCCAUGGAUUUGCCGCCGGCAGAGGAUUCUCGGCGCCCCGCAUCAGGCAGUGGAGGGAAGGUGCGCCAAUCCAGACUUGGGUUGAAGAAGCCCUCCAUUCUGGCGCCACAAGUUCAUCCUCCGACGCCGCCAUCGAUUUCUUCCUCAGCUGCUGGGACUGGCGCCCCUGGUGCGCCCACUUCAUCCCCUCCUGCAGCGAUGACAUCGUCCCUGCCAGGGCCAGCGCAAGGAGCAGGAUGGGGGGCCAUGUUCCCAAAUUUUCCUGCUCAACAUGGAAACCAACACAGCUCAGAAUGGAUAUAUCCGCCUGGUGGUUUUCUACGUAUGAUUGAACCACCUCACUAUCCACCGCAACCACCAGGACAUGGAGAAAAUUUUCAUUUUGUUGGUCAGAAUGUGGCCUUUAACCAAUCACCACCAGGAAGUACCUACAGAACACCAUCACCACAAGAGGAGAGACAAGAUAGGACAAGCAGCAAGAGCGAUCAUAUUGUGAUUGAUGAAGAUGAAAACAAUGUCCCAAAGAAGUCAGUAGUAAAGAAGAGAUAUUGGACUCAUGAAGAGGAAGAACGAUUGGCUAGUUCUUGGUUGGAAGCUUCUAAAGACCCUAUUCAUGGAAAUGACAAGAAGGGUGAUACAUUUUGGAAGGAAGUCACUGCUGAGUUCAACAGGAAAGGGAACGGGAAGCGUACAAGGGAAUUCAACCAAUUGAAGAUUCAUUGGUCACGCCUUAAGUCAUCGAUCGGUGAAUUCAAUGAUUAUUGGAGUAAGGUGAAUCAAAUGCAUACAAGUGGGUAUUCUAACGACAUGUUGGAAGAAGAGGCACAACAAAUGUAUGCAAAUAGGUAUGGAAAGCGUUUUCAGUUGGUGCAUUGGUGGAAGAUACUCAAAGAAGAGCCCAAAUGGUGUGCAUUAUUUGAGACAGAGAAAGAGAGGACUGAGGAGGAUGAUAUUCCAGAAGAACAGAUGCGUCCCAUUGGUAGAGACGCUGCAAAGGCUGAACGCAGUGGGAAGCGUAAGAAGGCUAAAGAUAUGGAAGGAAUUAUUAGCCUUGGGGACAGUAUUGAAAAAAUUGCCAAGGUCCAGCAAGAUAGGAAGGUGGAGCUCGAAAAGGCCACGGAAGCACAGCUCCUGAUAUCAAAUACACAGUUGAAGGCAGCACAAGAGGAGAAGGAAGCAAAGAUGUUAAUGGUCUACAAUACUCUACUUACUAAAAGUACAAGCAACAUGUCUGAAGGUGAAAAGGCUAACCAUGCGAGGGCAAUACAAAAGUUAGAAGAGAAGCUGUUUGGAGACUAAGGGUGCCAUUGUGGAAGUGAUCUCUGGUUUCUGCAGGGUGCGGAGCAAGGAUGAAGCAACGAUGUCCAUCCAAUGUGUUCUAGUUUAUGGGUUCAACUGAAGGCUAUCGGCUGCACUACUAUCGUUGCUUUUUUUUUAUUUCGAACUGCUCUAUGUAUCGGUUACCUGAACUGCUC